AUGGUUGCAGGAACUCCAACCAGAGGGCGCGGUGGCGGUGGGGGUUUUAGGGGAGGCAGGGGAGAUGGAGGAGGGAGAGGCGGAAGAGGAGGCAGGGGUGGUUUUGGUGGAAGAGGCGGUGGCGACAGUGGAAUGAAGAGAGGCGGUGGUAGAAGUGGCGGAAGAGGCGGAAGGGGAGGAAGAGGUGGAAGAGGGGGAGGGAUGAGGGGAGGGAGUAAGGUUAUAGUUGAGCCACAUCGGCAUGAGGGUGUUUUUAUUGGUAAAGGAAAAGAGGAUGCGCUUUGCACCAAGAAUAUGGUUCCUGGUGAAGCUGUUUACAACGAGAAGAGAAUCUCUGUUCAGAAUGAAGAUGGAACAAAGGUUGAAUACAGAGUAUGGAAUCCUUUCCGCUCCAAAUUGGCAGCUGCCAUUCUUGGUGGAGUCGAUGACAUUUGGAUUAAACCUGGUGCUCGUGUCCUUUAUCUUGGAGCUGCUUCAGGAACAACUGUUUCUCAUGUAUCUGAUCUUGUUGGCCCUACUGGAGUGGUGUAUGCAGUGGAAUUUUCUCACAGAAGUGGUAGGGACUUGGUGAACAUGGCGAAGAAGAGGACUAAUGUUAUUCCCAUCAUUGAAGAUGCAAGACAUCCAGCAAAAUACAGAAUGCUUGUUGGCAUGGUGGACGUGAUUUUUUCUGAUGUUGCUCAGCCUGAUCAGGCGAGAAUUUUAGCACUGAACGCCUCGUACUUUUUGAAAGCCGGAGGCCAUUUUGUGAUAUCAAUAAAGGCAAACUGCAUAGAUUCGACUGUCCCUGCAGAGGCUGUAUUUGCCCAGGAAGUGAAGAAGUUGCAAGCAGAUCAGUUCAAACCCAGUGAGCAGAUUAAAUCAUUUAUCUGGCUUCAAACUAUUGAUGGUUCGAUCCAACAAGUGGAGAAGGGGUUGCAAUGUUUUGCCCUGGCCCCUGUGAUAUGUCAGGAAGUGCUACGAACAGGCAUGGGACCUCCAGAAAUUAUGCCAUCUCCCUUCCUCGACGAGUUAAUGCUUCUGUGUUGGGUUUUAUACUUGACUAUUGUCGAUUUCACCAAGUACCAGGAGGAGAAUUUGGAACCCUUGAGAAAUAUAACUGAUGAUCCACGUAUCAGACUUCUGAAUCGAUUAUAUGCUAGAACAAGGAAAGAAUUAAAAGAUAGACAGAAUCUAACGGUUCUUGGAUCUCUGUUCUUGUUUCUAGCCUUUGCUGCUAUUGGAUUAUAUAACAAUGUUUCAACGCCCAGUAAAACUACAGUGUCUAUCUGUUAUAUGUUCACCAAGCUCGGCUUCAACGAGUGUGAAAUAGACGAUGAGUUAGAUCCUGCUAUGAAAGAACAACUUGGCAGAGAGCGGGUUAAGAGUCGUGAUUUGGUUAGGGCAGUACCAACUGGUCAAGAAAGAAGGCUAGUACCAGUAGCUAUUAAUGGCAAUGGAUCUCUCCAGAGAUUUACAGAACAAGAUAACUUCGUUAGAAGUCAUCUAAUAGAAAAUAUGAUUUAUUUGAGCAGGUUUGGACAAGAGAUGAUGGUGAUUAGCAGCAGUUCUCUUGUUUCUUUUUCAGUUGAUGAUUUUGCUGAAUGUAGAGAUUGA